AUGUUCUACUCGGAGACGCUCCUCCAGAAGACCGGGCCGCUUGCCCGUGUCUGGCUGUCGGCCAAUCUCGAGCGCAAGCUCUCCAAGAAUCACAUUUUGCAGUCCAAUGUCACGGACAGUGUCGAGGCCAUCAUCACGCCGAACCAGGCGCCCAUGGCCCUGCGUCUCAGCGGACAGCUUCUGCUUGGUGUCGUCAGGAUAUACCAGCGCAAAACGCGAUACUUGCUGGAUGAUUGUAACGAAGCCAUGAUGAAGAUCAAAAUGGCCUUCCGAUCUAGUGGAAACAACGAUCUGGCUGCCAACCUACAAGUUACCAAUCGCGAGGCCUUGCUUCUGCCCGAUCGCAUCACGCCCUACGACAACCUCGAAUUGCCUCCCCCGCCUGAUGCUUCAUGGCUGCUUUCGCAAGUCGAAGAUGUGUCGUCUACGCAAGUCGGUAGGAAGGGACGCGUCAGCAACACUCGGGACAUCAAUUUGCAGGAAGAUUUCGACAACAGCCAGUAUCUCCAGGGCGGCAUGACUCUGGAUGAGGACGCGCUUGCGCCCAUGGAUGACCUUGAGCUCGAGCUCGACUUUGGACUUGACAUGGAUGGUGGCCCAAGCCACAGUAUUGAAAUGGACACUAACAUGGACUUGGACGGCGGCGUCAGGAUUGCAGACGAUGAGGGCGAUAUCCAGAUGGGCGACGAUGAUUUCCAGUUCAACCCUGACGAUCAGUCCGCUGUUCCUGGCCUGGCUGCGCUUGACAUUAAUCGAGAGAGAAUUUCGGAGUCUCCUCUGUCAGAUAUUGAUGACCAGUUUGCCAAGGAGAUUGAGGAGGAAUAUUCUCGCCACGGCCACACAGAUCUUUACGAACCCCAGGAUGACGUGGAAGAUUCUCCCGUCAAGCGACCUGCGCAACGCCCUAGAAAACAGCGCGUCAUGAUGCCAGAUGACGAGAUUGCGCUGUCUAGCACUCACAUCAAACAGCAACAGGCUCACAGAGAAAACAUCACCAAGCCAGCUACAUUCCUCCCCCGCGACCCUUUGCUUCUGGCUCUGGCAGAAAUGCAGAAGAGCGGCGGCUUUGUGUCUUCCAUCAUGAUGGAAGGCCGAAGCUUGGGAUGGGCACCUGAACUUCGUGGUAUGCUGUCAUUGGACAUGGUGCGUGGCGCGAACGAGCUGAAGCGCAAGCGCGACUCUGGUGUUGCCGAUGUGGACAGUGAGUUGGGUGGCAUCAAGUCUCCUCGUCUCGAGCUGGGAGAUGAUACCGAUUUCACUCUCGACGGAAACGCCUUUGGCAACCAGAGCGUGGGCGCUGAUGGCACCAUUCUUGAUAUUCCCGCCGACGAAAGCGCAGCUCACUUUGACGAUGAUCAUGCGGAUGGAGGAGAGAGAAGCAGCCCAAUGCCCGCAUUCGAAGAUACAACCAUGCCUCUCGUUCACCCUGCCGACAGCGGCCCUGUCUCGGUUGGUACCAAGCAUGCUGUUCACAUUCUGCGAGACCUGUUUGGCUCCGAGGCCUCUCAGGAUGCCGACAAGAGGAAGAAAUCGGCGGUUGUCUUCCAGACUUUACUACCUGAAAAGCAGACUACCAAGGCCGAAGCUACCAAGAUGUUCUUCGAGUGCCUGGUCCUCGCAACUAAGGAUGCCAUCAAGGUUGAGCAGAGCUCAGGUCUUGGUGACCCUAUCAAAGUACGAGGCAAGCGUGGCCUUUGGGGUGCCUGGGCCGAGCGGGAAGCUGGCGGCGAGAUUUCGAACCAAGACCAACCUGAGCCCGUUGCUCCUGUGAGUGUUGCUGCGGUUGCUGUCGAAGCAUAA